UUACUAACAGUAUAACGCUCUGUUUAGGUAAAUGGUGGCCUGCCAAUUAUCAAUUGUUCGUGAACCCAAGAAACAAAACAAAUACUUCGGCGUUUCAAGCGGCAAAUUAAAUAAGUUUAAAAUGAGUUCUGCAGCGAAAGUUGGUGAAAUAUUUUCUGCAGCUGGGGCAGCAUUUAGUAAGCUGGGAGAACUCACAAUGCAGCUACAUCCAGUAGCUGAACCAUCCCCAGGAAGCUCGAAAUGGACAGAAGGAGAGAUAGAGAUGCUACAAACAGCCAUCAAGAAGUUUGGUGAAGAUUUAGUAAAAAUCAGUGAAGUGAUUAAAACAAGAACAGUAGCCCAGAUAAAACUUGCUAUAAAGAAGAAAGCACAAGAGGAUGCCAUCAAGAAAGUUGCUUCCCCACCAAAGAGGCCUGCAACAACCCCCGAGGCUGCACUCAGCGACACCACUGAAGACAUACCUGUAAAGAAGAUUAAGACCGAAUUAUCAGAGUCACUGGUAGACAUUGAAGGUCUAGAUCCAAACACAUCAAAAACCUUGGAUAUGAAUGAAUCUGUUACAUCAAAUUCGGACCUGGAUCUCUUAUCAAGAUGAUGCCCAUUUCAACACCUUGAUGAUGGUACUAAACCUAAGUGUAUACAUAUGUGUUGUCAUUUAAUCAGUCAACAUAAAAUAUUUAACAAUGAUAACUGAAGCUGGAUUUAACAAUCGAGAUAUAAUCUCCAUGUUCUUCAGAAUGGACAUUUCGCUGAACCUCGUCCCUUGGAUAUUGGUGCUUAGGUCACUCAUAAUGGCAGCGUAAAUGUAGGUAAACAGGUGUGUUUGUUGACAAGCGCAUAUUUCUUGCCCUAUUCUGAUUGGUCAGUAGUUAUGUUUGAUUGGCAAUCUGAAAAAAGUCCUUUCUAAAUAGUUUGUCAAGAGUACAGGGGUCCCAAGUUGGAAGAAGUCAUUUCCGGGAGAUAUGGGGGAAGGGGAAGCGGAAAGGUACUUUCACAGAUUCAUAAUUUUAUUUUCCUCACACGAGAUGGUAGCUAACAAAGGGAAAUCUUCCCUUUACAUGUGUCAUCUACAAUCGAGGCUCUAGACCACCUCAACCCCACCAUGGUUGGAGCUGAGUAAGAAAAUUUAUGAUUAUGGCACCUCUAGAUGGCCGGAUAUGGCCCUCAAUGACGUAAAUUUGAUUUUUCUUUCUAACCCAUUUUUUUUUUUUUUUAUAAAUUUUGAAAUAUUUAUGGGGCCCGGAGUGGCUGCCUUCCUUGAAUCCGCCACUGAUCUGGUUUAUGAGAUUUCUUAACACAUUAAAUUUUGCUGCACAAUGUGAUACCCAUCAGCACUGCUCAAAUGAAGAAAAAUUGAUAAUAAGGUAGUGAAAACAUGCAAAAUUAUGAAUUUGCGGAGACAGGUUAAUUUCUGGGACAUACAUGCUUGCGGGAGUGUGGAAGGUCGCCCUGAUUUCCGGGAGACUCCCACGAGUUCCGGGAGACUUGGGAUCCCUGAAUAGUGCUCAAUGUAUACAGUCUUCUACAGCUUGUAAAUUGAUAGUAGUAUUGACUUUUUUAAAAGGAUCUGUUCAGAUUGUGCAAACAUUAGUUUUAAUACUAUCACUAAAGUGCACAUUUUAUUUUUAUUAAACCAAGAUAUGUGAUACAGUGCUAAUCUUGGCCAUUUUGUUGAAUACACCAUGCAUCUACACUUAGAAUAGCAUUAUUAGUACUGUAUUUUUAAGUUAAUCUCUACCUUUUGAAUUGAAUUGAUAGUCAGUGCAAUGUGCACUAUAUUACACUAAUAAUACAGUACACUGUAUUAUUAAACUCCAAGUAAUGACAUAUAACACUUUCUCUGAUUAGAGAAUCAUGGCCUCUCUCCUUUAUUUCGAGUUCAACUUACUUUAAAUAUUAUUUAAUCAUAAUCUGUGCAUCUAGAGUACAUGAAUUAAAUUUAUAAAUGCUGCUGAUGUAAAUGUAAUGAUGAGAUAUUCAAAAUAACAUUGACAGAGUUCAUAUCUAAUCACAACCUGUGAAUAUACCCAUCUCAUUAUGAUGUAUAUUUACUUAUAGUGCAGUUUUAGCUGUCAAUUUUACUGGUAAAAACACUGAUUAGGCCUAGGUAGUCUAGGCUGGACUUUUUUCAAUAAUGAACAUAGCCUAGGCUAUGACUAUGUGUUGUUUUUUGAAACAUUAACCCCCACUCAAAAGGGAUAUCCCUCACACUUUCAAUUGGGAGAAUACUGUUAGUAGGGGUUUUGUUUCAAAUUAUAUACCAGCUAUCAAAAUGAAAGCAACACUUGAGAAGUGUUUGGUUUAAAAAAAAAGUAUGUGUAACGUAAUAAAAUAAAUUCUGUUUGAUACAUGAUAGUAUUUAAGUUCAUCAAUUGUGUAAAUAAAUGUUUUUUCCAUUGAAA